ACCUCCUCAAGAUGGCGCCAAGAUCGCAGACUCACGCAUGCUCAGCGUCGCUGCCAAAGACGCUUCCGGUCGCGCCGGAGGCAGGUGCGGGAGGACUGCGCGGACUCGGGAAGCGUCUAUGUCGGGCCGGGACGGUCCGGCGCGACCAUGGACCGGAGAAAGAAGCCUUUGGACGUCACGGCCUCCUCGUUGGUAGAUCUUAAGGCCGAACUCUUCCGAAAACAAGAAGAAUUCAAACAAGAAAAACUUCUAAAAGAUUCUGGAGUUUUGGGAAAACCAAAAACAGCUAAUAAGAAACCAAGUAUCUGGAGCAAACAGAAUGCAGGAGUUUCAAAUCGAGCUGAGAAGGAUGCUGAACAGAAGAUUGAGGAACAGAAGACUUUAGACAAAGCAAGGGAAAAAUUGGAAGAAAAAGCCAAACUGUAUGAAAAAAUGACUAAAGGAGACUUUAUAGAUGAAGAAGUAGAAGAUAUGUACCUCGUGGAUUUCACACAGAAGAUCAUAGACAAGCGCAAAGAAAUGGAGUCAUCUGGUGCCAACAGAGAUUCUCGAAAGGCAGGAGAAAGGAAUGAUGAAGAAGAAAGUCUUCUUGAAGGAGAUAUACCUCCUCCCCAAGACCCCAGCGAAGAAUGGGUGGAUUAUGUGGACUCCUUAGGGCGAUCCCGGCGCUGUAUGAGAAAGGAUUUGCCACAUCUGCUGGAGAUGGAUAAAAAUCUUCAGGGGAGACUUUUCAUUAGUCCUGCUAAUGAAAAAACUCUGUUAUCUGAAGACAUGAGAAAAGAACUUCAGCGCCAGCAAUGGGAGGAAGAAGAGAGGGAGGCUCUGGAAAGGCCGAUGGGGCCCGUGCAUUAUGAAGAUAUCCGGGAAAAUGAGGCCCGGCAACUUGGUGUUGGUUAUUUUGCCUUUGCCAGAGACAAAGAGUUGAGAAACAAACAAAUGAAAACUUUAGAGAUGCUGCGUGAACAGACAACGGAUCAGAGAACAAAACGAGAAAACAUAAAGGAAAAGCGAAAGGCCAUGUUAGAAGCAAGGCUUGCCAAACUUCGACAAAAAAAGAUGAAAAAACCAAAAGAAGAUGGAGCAGAAGAAGAAAAUAGAGAUGAAGAUGUUAUUGAGCCUUUGUCACUGGAACCAGAGGCUGUGCUUACUCCACAUACUGUGGCUCAGACUAGCAAAGUAGAGGUCAUUGUCCAAGAGAGGAAGGACACCAAGCCUGGAGUGCCACAUGUGCGGGAGUGGGACCGAGGAAAAGAAUUUUCUUUUGGCUACUGGUCGAAGAGGCAGUCAGAUCUCCGGGCAGAGAGAGAUCCUGAGUUUGCCCCGCCAUCAGAUUACUUUGUGGGUCAAAGGAGAACUGGUUCUUUCAGUAACCAGACAUGGAGCAGACCUGGACCAGCACAGAGUGACCCAAGGCAGCACUCUGGCCAGAGCCACGAACCCAGCUCUUCACAUAUGUCAUCUCCUCCUGUCCCUGAAAGUUCACCACAAGUCCCACCGGUCACUUUUGAAACUCUGGAUGAUAUGAUCUCAUAUUAUAAACAAGUGACAUGAGCUUAAAAAGCGUUUCUAAGCUGGGUUUGUGCUGGUGAAGGUGGAGUCCUCACCCAGAGAAGGAGAAAUAACUUUAGGGACCGAGUUGCACCUUUUGUGCUCUGUCCUUUCCCUCGAAGGCACAGACUUCAGGUUGGAUUCAUCAGCAAGGAAGAAACUGAGUGAUACUAUGGGGACUCUCUUGGCCACUUGGCUGUUUAUUUCUUUCUAACUGGUGUAGAGACAUACUCAUGUGAAUUUACAUGUGAGCUCUGACAGAGCAGAAAUAUUUAUUCUGUAAAAUUUGACAGUGAGGAGCUUGUGACCCUAUCUAUUUCAUACCCAUUCCUACGACUUCCUCAGAUGUAAGGGUUCAAGUCCAUGCCUCUUGCAAAUACUAGCAUGCAGGUGACUUUAUUUCAGGGAUUCAGCCUCCAUAUCAGUUGAUGGAGCAUAGAUCAGGAGGAAUUUUUGCCUGUCAAACAAUGGCAAGUGAGGGGACACUGUAUGGGAGGCAAAGUGAUCUAGUAUCCGGGAAGACCCUGAAAUUGGUAGAAUAUUAAACUACCAUAUUUGAAAUGAUGAGGAAGACCGGGGAGUAGCCCUUCAUAACACAGAAAGGUAGAAGUUGAAAUUCCUUUUAUUGUCAUAUUUUAUUAUCCUUACCCCUUGCAUAGCAGGCCUUCGGUCAGUGUGUGUUGAAUGAUGGGAUGUUAGGUGGAGGCCACUGGACCUACUCAGAGACUGAUGCUCCUUAGCUGUCAUGGUUAGAGCUUUGUAGCUCAUCCUGCCUACCUGUCACCCUCACUCUAGACCAUCUUCCUCUUGGGAGCCUGAUUUGGAUCAGACUUGGGCCUGAGUAGAGCAGGAAGGUCCCUGUGUGUUUAACAAGGGGAGGGAUGGGUGGACAGGGCACCAGAACGAUGGCACUGUGCCUAGGGACCCACUUGUCCUCUGCCUGCCACACCUCAGAGUAUUCCCUGUACAGCUACAGACAAACAGUCGGGAGUUGGUCACCAGGCCACUGGCUUCCACAGUGCCCCUCGGGCCAGAGAGUCCUGUAAGAAUGUGGUAGGUAAGGGCCGGCCCGUGGCUCACUCGGGAGAGUGCGGUGCUGACAACACCAAGUCAAGGGUUAAGAUCCCCUUACCGGUCAUCUGUUAAAAAAAAAAAGAAAAGAAUGUGGUAGGGAAGUCCUUGAACUCCUGGGAAGGAGCGGAGCGAGGGAAGGAACCCGCCCUCAUGGGCCUCUGUGAUGGCAUCGUCUCUGGUCCACAGCACUGCAGAGUGGAUGGAAUGUCCCCGUUCUCAUCACAGGUGACACGCUGGAGCAUGGAGAGGGUCAAUGACUGGUCCGAGGUCAUGUGGCAUCUUAAGUUGCAUAUCUGGGGCUUAAUCAUGAUUUAUGUCUAACCUCCAAACUCAUGUGUUUUCCAGUACCCUUGGCUAUCAGUCUUGUUGCCCCAGCAUCAAGUGGAAUUUUUGCAAACUUACCUCUAAACUCCAUAGCAAGAGAAAAUUUGCCAGUCCUAUUAAUGGUCAUUCUGUCAGCCUAAUCAAGCAAAUACCUCUUUUAAUAAAUACACAUUAAAACCAA